AUGGAGUUAAAGCAAUCUUUGUCUACCCAUCUGGAAGCCGAGAAGCCUCUGAGGCGCUAUGGGGCGGUGGAGGAGACGGCGUGGAAAGCGGAGGGACUGGGGAGAAAUCAGCUGGACAUCAUCUCCAUGGCGGAGACAACCAUGAUGCCCGAGGAGAUCGAGCUGGAGAUGGCGAAAAUCCAGCGUCUCCGUGAAGUUUUGGUCCGACGGGAGUCCGAGCUCAGGUUUAUGAUGGAUGACAUCCAGCUCUGCAAUGACAUCAUGGACCUGAAGCAGGAGCUGCAGAACUUGGUCGCCAUCCCAGAAAAAGAAAAAACCAAGCUUCAGAAGCAGAGAGAGGACGAGCUCAUCCAGAAGAUCCACAAACUGGUGCAGAAGAGAGACUUCCUGGUGGAUGAUGCCGAGGUCGAGCGGUUAAGGGAGCAAGAAGAAGACAAAGAAAUGGCCGAUUUCCUGAGAAUCAAGUUAAAACCGCCAGACAAAGUAACCAAAUCUUCAGCCAGCUCCCGAGCCGAGAAGAAAGCAGAGCCCCCACCUAGCAAGCCCACAGUGGCCAAGACCGGGCUGGCACUCAUCAAGGAUUGCUGUGGGGCCACCCAGUGCAAUAUCAUGUAGCCCUCACAUGGGGUGCCCCCGGGGCCACGGGGACCUCCCCCCCCACCCACUUGUCUUCACAGCCCCUAUUUCACCGGGGCCCAAGAGCUCUCAAAGGCGGAAGGGGUUGAAGGCAAGCCUGUGACUGCCGCCAGGGGCCGUGGGCGUGGCGGGCGGGCCCGGUCGCCCUGUACAGAGUGUAGCAAUAGGGAGUCCCUCACCGUCGCAUGGCCCUCCCCAGAGCAUGCCGAACCCAGGAGUCUGUCUCACUGUUUAUCCAACCAACCACCAGGAAACGGUCCUCCCUCGAAAAAGUAUAUCUCCACUUCUGUCUAGCUGUGUCUAACCCACUGUGUGAAUGAACUGGGAGAGGGGCAUGGUCCCCAGGUGUGUACAGUCGUGACUUUUCAACAAUCUAGCACCAUGUUGGACACAUCCCCAUCUACCCUCCUAGCUCUGCUGUCAGGCCUGCCCCAAACGGGCACAGCUCCCAUCCCCCGUCUGCCCUUUCCCAGGGCCUGUGCCCUGGAGGGCUCCACAUAGCCUACAUGUCUUGGAGACACAGAGGGCCCAUCUCUAAAGAUUGAGCUUGUAUGUGGUGUCGUGGUCACAUCUCCCACUUCCUCCCCUCCUGUGUCUGGGCACAGGUCACACCAGGAGCGUGUCCAUUUGCUUUUGGCUCUUCCUUCCUUUGCGAUGGCUGCCCCAGGUGUUUGGAGCAGAGGGGAUGGGGGCCUGGGCUGGAGCACACCCAAUGCUUGAAAGAGGUACUGGAGAGCCAGAGGCUCCAACACCAAGGCAAAGGCAGACACGCAGGGGACCCAGAGCAGAUACUGACCCGGAUGCUCUUCACCCACCGGGGGCCACCGGAAGGAAUGCCAGCAGGACCCCACUCACCAGCCUAACGCACAGACCUCCGUGAACAUCCGCGGCGGGCGGGAGAGGCGGCCUGACCCUACCGUGUCCCAUCAUUUGGUGGUGUAUUUCAACCAGCCUAACAAUUCCACCCGGGUAACGUGAUGUACAUAUGCUACAGCCAGCUCGGCACAGCCCAUGUGACCUCUCUGUGCGUGUGUGUGUGUGUCGUGACUGGCGUCAGUAGUUAGCAUAACGCAAGGUUUGCUGAUGUGCAAUCAUCCAUCGAAGAAAAUAAAAGUGGAAACCACGUACACGGCAUUUUUUAAGUUUUUACUUUUUUCUCGACUGUGGAAGUAAUCCAUGGACAUGGUGAAUCAUUUAAAAAGUAUAGAAAAUAUAAAGAACUUUUUUGGUUGAGGUUGUUUUUUUUUUUUUAAACUCUCAUAACUCCUCCAAUUAGAGACCACUCUGCUCUGACAUUUUGGCAUAUUGGCUGUCACUCUUUUUUAUACAUUUUUUUCCUGGCUGGCAUCAUAUUAUACCAUUUUAUAACCAGUUUUCAUUUUUUUUGCUUAACAUCGUAUCAUUAUCGUUCUCACAUCAUUAAAAGCUCUUUGUAAACAUUAAACACUCGUCAUAAAUAUUUACAAUGGCUGCUCAGUAAUCAUCUUCUUGAUAUACUGUGAUUUAUCUUUUUCCUCACUCUUGGACAUUUAGGCUGUUUCUAGUUUUUCAGUAUAAUAAGUAAUAUCACGAUAAACACCCUGGGGAUAAAUCUAUCUGAA